CUGAAACAAAGAAACAGAAAACUUCACCAGCGAAGAGAAUAUAAUUCCUUUCCUCUUCUCCAACGCGAUCCCGCCAAAGAAUCAUUCUCAACCGUCGUCUUCUCUCGCUUGCCUCUCGUCGAGCCAUUGUUGCAUUUUUCGUUUCUCGAUGAAGAGACGACAUCGGAGUAACAAGUAACGACGAGAUUUCAAGAUGCUUUGUGGCUCGCUGCGAAAUCGAAUACGUAAUUGGCUUCGCGACUAUGUUAGGCUCCAAUCCGUCGUCGUGAUCCUUAUCUACGCUCAGAUAGGAUGCGCGAUGAUUGGUUCCCUAGGGGCGUUGUACAAUGGAGUGCUGCUGAUCAAUUUGGCGAUUGCGUUGUUUGCGCUUGUGGCAAUCGAGAGCAAUAGCCAGAGUCUUGGCCGCACCUAUGCCGUUCUUCUUUUCUGCGCCAUUCUUCUUGAUAUCUCAUGGCUCAUUCUCUUCUCCAGUGAGAUUUGGAACAUUUCAUCUGAGAUGUAUAAAGCCCUUUACAUCUUCUCUGUGAAACUCACUAUGGCUAUGGAAAUCGCUGGGUUCGUUGUGAGGCUAUCUUCCUCUCUGUUGUGGUUUCAGAUUUAUAGGCUGGGAGCUUCCAUUGUAGACACUUCUCUUCCCCGUCGAUCGGAUUCAGAUUCACAAAACAGCUUCGUAGAUCCUCCUUGUUUAGGUAGCCAACGUUCACGUGAUCCUGAUCUACGAACUAGCCUGUUAGAGCCUUCUACUACAGCUGAGCAUCGUUCACGUUCUGAUGAUUUUUUGGAAGACUCUAUCAAUGGACCACGUUCUGGUGAAAUCUUGGAAGACUCUAUCGACAGACCAGCCUUUCCUCCAUUUAAUGAUGGACCAGCCCACCAGUUUCCUCCAUUUAACGAUGGACCACCCUACCACUUUCCUUCAUGUGAUGGUGGCCAAAACAAUCUCUCUUCAACCAAGGUAACACAUGUGAUUAAACAUCAUUCAGCUGAAAACAUUUUCGGAGGAUCCCAAUUAUCAGCCGCAGAAGCCUCUCGACAUAAGUCUCCACUAUCCAGAUCCUUGGAGUCCCUUGAUUCUAGUCUCCAUCGAUUCAAACAUUAAAUGAUCGCCACCGAGGCUUGCACCAGCAACACAACUUUUGACUGGAGCAAACUCAUUCAACGAUCUAAGGGGACACUAUAAUUGUUUCCAGUUUGAAGAAUCCAGAUAGGAGAUUUAGAUAUUGGGUGACAAAGUAAGAACUGUCUUUUACUUGCCUUUUCAUCAUUCAUUUUUACUGUAUAGAACUGGGUCGACAUAUUUGGACUCGGAAUGUACAUGAGCAUUCUUUUCUGUACAUAUGGAAAACUACAUUGUUUUGAGGGUGCAUUGGAGGAGUAUUAGUAAUAAAGAUCUCUCUUCUUCAUCCA